AUGUGUUGCAGCACUGUCCGGGUAGGUCUCCUUCUUAUUCUCUUACUUCUUGCUCCAAAACCAGAUGUCUUAUGCGAUGUGCCCUCCCCGUUCUUUUUGCAUGUUUCUGUUCGUUUUCCAGGAUCUUCAUCCGUGUUUAAUGUCCAUAAAAGAGAACUAAAUGUUCUCUUGACCAGCCCAUCCUUUGUCUCCACCUACUCGCGCCUAUGAUGAUUUUUCUCCCAUAUCUGUUUCCUUUUGCCUGUAUUAUUCACCGUCUACUCAUGUAUGUAGAUGUGGUGCUAGUGGUGCUACACAGCGGAUUAUCAGGCUCGCCUAUUGAUAACCGGUGCGUGGCUGGUCGGCUGACGUCGUACAGUCAUAUACUGUUAUCUUGUACUCUAUUCUCGUACCACUUUGAGCUCACGAUCAUAGCGCGAUCAUCAUCAUUCUUCUUCUUCGAUAAGGACUCCAUAAAAGUGGGAGAGCUUGAUGUGUUGGAAAGCGCGCUUUUCCAUCUUCUUCUCAAAAAUUUUACGAUUUGUUUAUCUUUUCAACAGUUUCUAAGCACUUCCAUCUCUCGUCCUUUUCUGACGAUAUCUGACUGUAUGAAACGAAAAGGCGCAUGCUUCAAUAAUUUUAAUGAUGGGAGUUAAAUAAUAGAGCGCAAGCAAGCAUAACCCAUUCAGAGAUCCUCUCGAAUAGGGGAAAGAAAUAUGAUCGGUCCAUUGAAUUGGUAAACAUAUAAUGUGUAUAUCGAUAAGGCCGCUGAAUUUCAAUGACUUUUCUUUAAUCUCCCCUCUUUCCGCUCGCACCGUAUUGUGUAUUGGCAUGUCAUAUUCAUGCAUGUACCCCUCGACACUAACUCCACAUUUUCCUUCCUCUGAAAUCAAAACGUGAUCGAACACUUUUUAGUGAAAAAAGGAAAAGUCGUUUUCUUCCAACAAAACAUCUGUAGCGCGGCUCGGCUCAAGAUGGACAAGGCCAAGAAAUUUGUUUCCAGUUCACUGGAUUGUCCCUUCAUUAUUGUAACAAACAGAAAACGAGGACCCUUCCACUUCCACAUCGGUUUAAUCCCAUCCUUGUGGUGUCUUGCCUUCAAGCAACUGGGAUUACUUUCCCAGCUUCUUCUAAUGCCCAACCCAUCACUUUACCCCAACAACAUCUUCUCACUCGUGCUAUUGUCUGUUCCCAUCUUCAUGAUUGUUUCAAUUAGGCACCAAAUCCCGGAGCUUAAGUUAUCUUAAAUGAUGGGUUAGGGUCUUAACUAAGAUUCUCAGAUUCUCAAGGAUUGGUUAUAUUUUAUCUCAUCCCAGAAAAGAGCAAACUUCUAGUUUUAUGUAUUGUCUUAUCUGCCCCCAAUACCUUUCAUUACUUUUAUCUAUCGCCUAUGUAAUUUCUUAUGCGUAUCUCCUCUGUAAUGUUGUAGCAUCGUUAUUUGCGAUGGGAGAAAGGCGGGGUAAAGGGCGAAGGCGAAGACAGAGGGAGAAAUCUUGAACAAGUGGAUUGUCUUUGUUCGAUGCCAUGCCACCCGCCACAACGACCCGAGGCUUUUCUCGAACUAGUACAUGAUGAUCGUUGCUGACAGUAGCAGCAGCAGCCAAAGCGACGUCUUCCUCCUUCUCCUACUUCUUUUUCACCUCGUCUGCCAUUCCUAAAAACGCUCUUCUCCUCCUCAUCUUCCGCGAUGCCUCGAUCGUUUUCUCGCGCCAGCCCCUUGCCCCUUCCUCCAACCCCCUUAGACUCCUCCAGCCAUCCGGUUCCUACAUUAUGCCAUCUCUCGAUCCCGACCCGACCUCCUACCUUUCCUUUCUUUCCAGUCACAUCUUCUACCAUUCUUCUCGAGGAGCGAGGCGCGCACGCCUUCUUCUGUCCCUCCCUCUCCUGCCUUCCUUCUUUCAGACAGAUUUUCCAUAUCAUCUUGUUUUUGUCGAAUUCAUCUUCAAUCUUCUACAACUACUACUACCUGUCGCCUGAUCUUUAUUGUUGUUUUCUAAUGUUACUUGUGAAAUCUUUUGACCCGCUCGAUUUUCUGUUAGGUUCGAGGCCGAGCGGCGUUGGGUUGCUCCCAACCAUUCAAUCUUUUAUCCAAACUUUUCUAAUCGCCUUAACAAAUCCUUUAUCCGCCGCGACUGUCGAUCGCAAUUACGGUUGAAUAGUGCGCGAGCCUCCCCGCACCAAUCGCGAGACCACCAUCGUCCCCCUAUUUGCUCCGAGCCGUUUCGUCUUGUCUCUUUUCUACCAUAUCCUCUCUUGCUCUCGCGCCGCUCCGCUCACUCAUUCACCUCUUCCAAAGGCGGACUCCGCCCCAUCCAUAUCUAUUCAACCCGAAGGCCCGAUGGUGGCCUAGAUCAUCUAUUUUCUGUCUUGCCUUGUCCUGUUUAAUUCUUUUUCUGGUGUUUUCUUGAAAUUCGUUUUGCAGCUCACACCAUCUCCACUCAAUCCAAAUCAAAGUACUAUGUUCCCAAUGAGGGUGAUUGUCGAAACCGUUCGCACUCAACACUGCCUCACGUGCUCGCAUGAAGGACAUAUGGUCACUGACACCUACGCCAUUGUCGCUGGAACCACGACUCUCAAUCAGCUCGUGGACACCGUGCUCGCAGCUCUUGGUCAUUCUAACAUGUCGACCAGUGCCAGAGGUAAGUAAUAAUGCCUAGCUUUAGCAAUAUAGUACAAAUACCCAUUCGAUCUGAUCAUUUGUAAAUGUCUACUUGACAAAUUGGAUAAAGCGCGUGAUUGUGAAAUCUCUUUUGGUUCGGCAAAGUCUUCAGCAAUUACUUCGGGUAUGUCUUGAUGCGUAGAGUGGUAAAUCGGAUCAGAUCAGUCUCGCCACUUCCACUUACUUUCAGUUUCACUGAGGCAUUGCGUAAUCUAUGCUGUAAGAUCUUUGCCGAGCGACUGCGAGAUCCCGUGUUUCAAUCAUUUUUUUGCGCGCCAACCUCUCCACUCCUCCAUACGGUGUUUUCUUCUGCGCUUCUCUCGUUUUCUCACUUUCACGUUUCUUCCACCUUAGUUGAAAGUGAAACAGACGAUCGAACCUGUUCUUUUCUCGGUGGCUUUGCCUCCUCUUUCUCCUCCUCCUCCUUGGUAUCUACUUUCCCAAAGAUUAUGCAAUCGGUGAAAGGAACGGAAUAAAAAGAAAUAAGGGACGAGAAGGAAGAGGGAACAAAUCAGAAUAUUUUGAAAUGAACACUUGUUCCUUUUUUCCAGGUCUGAUCCAAGUCAACAACUGGAAACCGUUGCCAUUUGAUCAGAUAACCGAGAACCUCGAUGAAACUGUUGAAAAUUUGUUCAAGGACAUUUCAUCGCAUGUCGUGCUCAAGAUUCUAUCCAAACCGUGAGUAAUUAUUAUUUUGAGCUCUUUAUUUAUAUGCAAGAGAAGAGGAGGGUUAUGACCAUUACAUGUGUCGUAUUUCGCGCAAUUCAUCCCCAUCCAUCCGGCCAGACGGGUGGUACUCAGGUCUCCGGCUCCGGCUCCGACUCCGCGCUUUGUGUGUCAGAGAGCCCUGUAGAGGUGAGCAAAAUCGCACCUAACAUACAUACAUCCUCUUUAGAACUACUCAAAGAAAAUGGCAAACAUAGGCACAGACUCGUGUACAAUGCGCGCGCAUACACACAUACAGGAGAGGGGGACUCAUUGAAAAAGUCUACUGAAAGAAGAUACACUCCCCUCAGCCACACACAUUUUUGCCUCCUCACACUCGCUCUCGAGGGAAAGAGAAGAUUGCUUUUGUAGAUGAUGAACAUGAGGGCGCGGGGCAAAGGGAUCUUAGGCAAUUAUGACCUCUGAUGUCUCUCUUCUUUUGUAAUUUCAGUCAUUCACAACAACUUUCUCUCCCCUCCCCCCUCUUGGAUUUAAAAGUGUUGUACUGUCAGGGGAUUGAAUCGGCAGAAAAAUACAAAUUUGAAUUUGAUUUGCAUUAUCUCAUUUGAAUAUACAGUGACAAUUCUGAAAAAAUUUCAUAGGAUACAUAGAUGACUUAUCACCAAUCUGUUGUUUGCGGAUUACUAUCUUUUGUGUGCACGUAGAUGUAUUUGUGUGUGUGUUGGUAUCAAACACCGCAGUUGGGAAAAAGAAUAGGCUUUGUCUAAUCGAUUUUUAUUACCAUCCAAUAAUAGCGAUCCACCAAUCCAUGUAUUUGCACACUACAACAUUCUGGAGCGAAAUGGGCAGGGGAAAAACUGUUUUUGAUUUUCAGAUCAAGUGACUCGACCGCUGUUCAAUGCAUUGCUGACAUCAAGAACAAACUUCUGAAAGCUGCGGUACACAAAAACCCAAACGUUCUAAACAGUGUGGAUAACCAGCAGGUUAAGGUAACGAGAUAUUCUGUUUCCACUCUAAAAAUCAGUGUUUUAGGAGAUUAUCAGCACUAUCAUCUCCGGUGAUGAAUGUCUCUUGAGCUCCGAACAAAUUGGAGCUGUCAACGAAUGGCUGGACACUUUGGAAACAUCUGAGGAUCGUAGAAGGUAUGAAUGGCUACUGUAUAUAAUCUUUAUCCAAUCGCAUGCAAGCUCCUCCUACUCUUUUGCCUCUCAAUUUUAAAGUGUGGCUGCUGUGUCUGACUUGCUCGGCGGAGCCACCGUAAUCCCUGGUGUGUGUGUGUGUGUGUGUAGGAUGUGAGGCAAGGCGCAGAGGAGUGAGGGGAAAACGGAGAAAAGACGAAACAUCCGCGCCCUGCCUCGGGAAAGAAGACGAAGAGUUUUCGAGGCAGAGCGGUGACACGGGGGUAGCGCCAGUUAAGCCGCUAUUUGGUGCUCGAGUUAAGCCCUCUGCUCGGCUUGUUUGUAGAAAUAGACUCUGUGGAUUGGGUAGGAAUUUUAGCGAGCUCUGUGCUGGGAUUGUGUAUACAUUGGGUAAAGGGAGCCCACAAAAUUGUUUAUGAAUCGCGAAUAUAUUUUUGGGGAAUCUUUGACUUUCCGGAUUGAAUUCUUUGUAAAGGAUACCUGAUCAGAUAUCAUUUCAUCCAAUAUAAACAUUCUUCGUUCUGGGAUAGUUAUGUCAAUAGUCAAAGUUUCAAUCAUGCAGAAUUGAAGGGAUGAUGUAAAGACUUGAGACUUUUCAAUUUCCACCACAUUUCAAGAGUAAUUUCCGGGGGUUUCGAACUUGCCGAAGCAAGAAGCGCAAUUGUUUUGAAGUAAUGAUCGCACCAAUGGAUAACCAGUCGGCAGGGGGAUUAGCGCAACCUCUCUACGCAACGCAGAUUGUAUCAUUUGUGACACCACGGUUUCCUUUGGUGCACGUUAUUGCACAGAACACAUUCAUCUUGAUGGUGAGACAGCACACAAUGUGCGAAAAUGAUGAUUGUUUUGGAUUAGAGGGGAGAAGAACAGGAGGCGCUUGUUGAAAAUGGAGGGGGUAGAGGUUAAGUGAGGAAGAUGAAUGUUCCUAGUGUAAUGGAGAGGAAUCCAAAUCUGAAGUGAAAGGAAAAAAUAAAUUUUUUUUUGUUUUUGUAAAAGUCGCAAGACAGAGUAGAUUAAUAAAUACGGAUCAUUAAAUCUACUCGAUCUCGCAAUGAAGACACCUAAUUUGAGGCCAACACCUAUCAAAUUCUAUCUUUUCUCAUUCGAUAUCUUAAUUGCCCGCCAUUGCCAUUUUAGUCAAUCUCCCGACUGGUUUCACCUAGAUAGUCUCGGUCUCUCAACUGGUUGACUUGACCCCCACUUCUGAAAUUGAGAUAGCAAGCUAAAAACACAAAGAAGGAGACGUCUUGAAAUAGAAAACAAGUGUGGGGGGGGGGUCAAAUUAUCGACUUGUUUUGGUAGGGCAUGAAAUGGACAAACGUUCGUUCUUUCUUUCUGCAAUUCAAUUCUGGUUUUCAUCUAGCUUUUGUCCACAUUCAUUUCCAUUUCUAGACUAAACAAUACCAGAAACCUUCAUGAGUAAGCUUAUUGUCAGAGGGAUACGCAAAAUAUUGCUUGUGGUGUGUAUACAGAAAACGAUGACUCAUCCCAAUUUCUAUAGGCUUACUAAUAAAAACGAAAGCAAUAUCCUAUUCAGCCCGACUCAUGUGCAAAGAUUCAACGCGAGCUAUGAGGUGCCACGUCUCGAGAAAUGGUUCAAACAGGACCCGAACCCGAGUAAACAUAAGUUGAACAACUACUUGACUCAACUGAAUCAAAGUCCAUUCCGUAGGAACAACACCAAGAUUACCUACCAACAAGUAAACAUUCAUUCGAAACAGAAAAUAUUUUCAAAUAUUUCUUUCAGAUAUGCAACUGGUUCUCGAUUCAACGUUCCAGCAACCGUAAAACCCCAACCGCCGAGCAAAUCACUGCUGCAAAUGCAGCCACUGCUGCCCAGCUUGUGAACCAAGGCUUCCAGAUGAACUUCCUUCAAUCUUUGCUGGCAGUUAAUGCUGACCAACGGCCCAAGUUCGAUUUUUCGAACCUCAUGACUGAAAAAAUUGAUGACUCAAGAAUUUUGGGCGGUUCCGAUUCUCCAUCGCCAGCUGAUGAUGAGAUUCACAGCAACUCGGAUGAAACUAACCAAGACACCAUUUUCAGCGUUAAACCGGACCCAGAAGGGGUAAAAAUUUAUUUGAUUUUACUUGAAACAUGCAUUUGUUUGUUUCAGGAAAGCACCGCCUCUUCUCCGGAUAUGACUAAUUCAAUGCGCGAAUCGUUGUCCUCUACGUCACCAAAACUUCCGAGUGGACUGGAUCUGGGCUCAUUCAGUAAUCAUUCAUCCUCCACCUCCAUGUCGAACGUCAAUGCAGCAGGUACAACAAAGAGCCAGAUUUCUGUGGUCAUAAAUUAGAACGAGCACACAUUGGAGCCCGCGCGCGUGCUGUUGUCUGUCACAACAAAGGCGCGAAACUAAGAAAAAGUAGGGUAGAAUUUCGCGGACAAGCAGGCAAGCAAACGAGGCUUUCGGAAAGCAACUUCUGAGGGAACUUCAUAAAAGAGAAUUUUGCAAUAUUUGUGUUAUAGUUUUUUCAGCGGCCCGCUCUCGCCUCAUGUUUGACCCACUUACGGAGCUUCCCGUGCUUGAGAAAUGGUUCGAAGAGAACCCUCACCCAACAUGGAUGCAAAUCGAUCAUUACACCCAGAGCCUCAACAACUGCCCCUACCGAGAGAACUACCCGCACAUCAGUCAACAUAAUGUCAAGGUAAGCAUUACAGCCGCAGAAGAAACAUUUAUUGAAUGAAAAACUUGAACCACUGGAUGUUUUUGCAGAUUUGGUUUAAAAACCGUCGAGCCAAAUGCAAAAGGAUGCAAAAUGGGUUGCUCGAGAAACUGGAACAAAAAGUUUUCGUGUGA